GGCUCUCAUAGUCAACACAGCUUUCAAGUGCAAGCGGGUCCAAUCGUAGUGUCGAGUCAGAGGAACUACUCGCCCCACCGUAACACACAUUCAGUCGGAUUUAACUCAGUAAAAUCUUCUGUAUGAUCGGGGGACACCAAAACGCAGUAUGGUCCGGGAAACCAGACAUUUAUGGGUGGGGAAUUUACCAGAAAAUGUACGAGAGGAAAAAAUUAUCGAGCACUUCAAACGGUAUGGACGUGUGGAGAGUGUCAAGGUCCUUCCAAAACGUGGAUCGGAGGGUGGAGUGGCAGCUUUUGUGGAUUUUGUGGACAUUAAGAGUGCUCAGAAAGCUCAUAAUUCUGUCAACAAGAUGGGAGACAGGGACCUACGCACCGAUUACAAUGAGCCCGGAACUAUUCCCAGUGCAGCUCGAGGCCUGGAUGAUAGCCUGUCCAUAGCCACUCGUGGGCGGGACGUUUCAGGGUUCACAAGGGGGGCGGGGGGCCCUGUGUAUGGGCCCCCUGUGUCACUCCACAGCAGAGAGGGACGCUUUGAACGCAGACUAGACGGGGCUGCGGACAGUCGGGAGCGAUCUUAUGAUCACAGUUCCUAUGGACACCAUGAGCGUAGCAGCAGCAACACCAGUAGUUUCGAUCGCCAGCGUCACUAUGAGACCGAUUAUUACAGAGACUCUAGGGACCGGGCCCUCAGUGGAGCUAGCGGGAGUGCCAGUUCUGCCAGUGGCAGCAUUGGAGGCGGCUCAUCAGCAGCCAGUGUAGGUGUUGCAGGGAGCGUUACAGGAAGCAGCAGUGCUGGUGGAAGCAGUAGCAGCACUGCCGGAGUGGGAAGUGGUGGCUCGACACCGGGAGGUAUUGUCUACUAUGGUUCUCGAAGCCGGAGCCCUAGUCGUUUUGAGACUACAGAGACUCGCUAUGAGCCCCGUGCCCGUGAAACUUUCACACUCACUAGUGUGGUCCAUCGGGAUUUAUACAGAGAAGAAAGAGGCAGACGAGGAGAUAGGAAAUACCACCACAGUCGCAGUCGGUCGCCACACUCUUCGCAAUCACACAAUCCAUCACCACAGAGACUGGCGAGUCAGGCAGCACGGCCGGCACGCUCCCGCAGUGGCUCAGGAUCCCGCAGUCGCUCCUCCAGCUCUGACUCCGUCAGCAGCACCAGCAGUAGUGGCAGUGGCAGUAGUGAUUCCAGCAGUAGCUCCAGUGAUCGAUCUCCAGCUCGAUCUGUUCAGUCAGCAGCUGUACCUGCCCCUUCUGCUCAACCCCUACCUUCACUGGACAAAGAUGAACCUCGCAAAAGUUUUGGUAUCAAAGUGCAGAACCUCCCUGUGCGCUCAACAGAUACAAGCCUGAAGGACGGCCUUUUCCAUGAAUUUAAGAAACAUGGCAAAGUCACAUCAGUUCAGAUCCAUGGUGCCUCUGAGGAACGAUAUGGAUUAGUGUUCUUUCGUCAGCAAGAAGACCAAGAAAAAGCUCUAAGUGCAUCUAAAGGGAAGCUGUUUUUUGGGAUGCAAAUUGAUGUCACUGCUUGGCAUGGCCCAGAAACGGAGAGUGAGAAUGAGUUCCGACCUUUGGAUGAACGUAUAGAUGAGUUUCACCCCAAAGCUACGAGGACAUUAUUCAUAGGAAAUUUAGAGAAAACCACAACCUAUCAUGACCUGCUGAAUAUAUUUCAGCGUUUCGGAGAGAUUGUUGAUAUCGAUAUAAAAAAGGUAAAUGGUUCCCCACAAUAUGCCUUUCUCCAGUAUUGUGACAUAGCAAGUGUCUGCAAAGCAAUUAAGAAAAUGGAUGGUGAAUACCUUGGCAACAACAGGUUAAAGCUUGGUUUUGGCAAGAGUAUGCCUACUACAUGUGUAUGGUUGGACGGCUUGUCCUCCAGUAUUACCGAACAGUAUCUAACAAGGCACUUUUGUCGUUAUGGACAUGUUGUAAAGGUUGUGUUUGACCGACUGAAAGGAAUGGCCCUUAUCUUAUAUAAUAAUAUAGAGUAUGCGCAGGCCGCUGUCAAGGAAACAAAGGGUUGGAAGAUUGGAGGAAAUAAAAUAAAGGUUGACUUUGCCAACCAGGAAAGCCAGAUGGCUUUCUACCGUUCAAUGCAGGCAUCUGGACAAGACAUAAGAGAUUUCUAUGAAAUCAUAUCUGAACGAAGAGAUGAGCGCCGGCCGCCAUAUCAUGAGUUCACAGCUGAGCGGGCAUACUAUGAGAAUGUGCGUACACCAGGUUCCUACACAGAGGAUCCACGUCGAAAAUAUCCUGCCAGAAGUCGAGAGUUUUAUUCAGAAUGGGAUCCUUACCAGGGAGAUUACUAUGAUCCACGAUACUAUGAUGACCCCCGUGAAUACAGGGAUUAUAGAGACCCAUAUGAACAGGAUAUUCGAAAGUACAGCUACUUACAAAGAGAACGUGAGAGGGAAAGGGAGAGGUUUGAAACGGAUCGUGAACGUGACCAUGGUCGACGAACAAUUGAACACAAUCAAAGCCCAUCCCAUCCACGUCGUCCCGCUAGCCCUGCUGCCUCCCCAUCCCUUUCUGAACGUCCUCCCAGUGACUCUGAACAUCAUGUUUACAGCCGCUCAUCUGAGCGAAGUGGCAGCUGCAGCUCACUUUCUCCACCACACUUUGAAAAGCCAGAUAAAAUUCGUUUGGAGAGGCACAAUAGGAGUGAUAAAUCAGAGAAAGAAAAAGCAGUCUUUGAGGCAGAUCGUGGAAAUGGAGGAGAAAAAGAAAGACGUGCUGGACGCAAGGAAAAAGGAGACAAGGACAGGACUGAGAAGCAGAAGUUGAGGAAAUUAAAACUUGCAUCCCCCACUGUUCCAUCAUCAGAGACAGACCUUGAACUUGACAGGGACACUAGCCCAGAGUCUAGCUUAACUCUCCGAGGUAAAGCCAGUAAAUCGUUUAUCAAAGACUACUCUGGAAAAGGAAAACUUGAUCUGCCACCUUGUGUUGUACAGCUGACAAGAGUAAAGGAGAAGGAAGGGAAAUUAAUAGAUGGUAUCCUCAGUGAGAAACAAAAAACAAAGGUUGGGAGUGAUCCUUCUCGGUCUCCAACCACCCCACCCUCAGUUGAUCACAAGAGUAUGCCUUUCCGCAUGGACACUCAAGCUAGAGAUUUCUUUAAGCAUGGAAAACAUCUCAAGGAAAAAGGCUUGGCUAGUCAAGUUGAGGUUGUGGAUAAAGAGGGCAAGGUGAAAAACAAAAAAUACUUCAAAACUGAUCUUGCAUUUGACACCAGCUCUUCUGUGGAUGCUGACCGCUUGGCUGCACGAAAGAGGCGCUUUGAAGAAACAUCUGGAAAGGCUGAUAAUUUAAGGAGGAUAAGUCAGGAGAGGAUGAAGGAAAAUUAAGGAGAUUUAUUGAUGAACCUUUGCUGAAAGACAUUGAUUAUGAUAAAAAGUUGCUACGAAAAGAAGCGCACAAGAGAGAACAAAAAAUGAAGCCAGAGAGGAUGGUUACUGUUAGUACUAUAAAAGAAGAGCUGGACACUGUAAUGUCAGUAGGCCUCAGCCUAGACCUUCAGGCUCGACUUGGGGAACCAACUGAG